AUGCGAGCUGCAAACAAAAGUAUAAUGGUGGUGCACGUGGAUUUUGUAACUUACUUGGUAAUAACAAUUUGUGUCAAUGCCAGUAUCCUUGCUAAAGCCGACUGGCAAAUUUAUAAACUGGUUGUUAUUCUAAUAUUAGAGAACAUCUCAAGAUCCACACUUACAGUCCAAAAUAUGAGUUCAGCAAUCUUCCAACAUCACACGACGUUUGAAAUCUUAGCAAUGGAACCUGAGUUCAAGAACACAAUGAUCCAUGACCUAGACGAUUUCUCUAAUGGGAAAGACUUCUUCAAAGCCGUAGGACGAGCUUGGAAACGUGGUUAUCUGCUUUACGGUCCGCCUAAAACCGGAAAAUCAUCGCUUGUUGCUGCAAUCGCUAAUCACAUGAACUAUAGUAUCUAUAUAAUAUUCAGAUUCAGAGCGUUAUUGGUGAUGCGAUGCUUAGACAGAUUCUUACUUCAACUGAGAACCGCUCGAUAUUUCUCGUUGAAGAUCUUGAUUGCAGUGGAGCGGAUAGUUCUUGUAGUAACGAAAACAAAGAUGAAGGAGAAGAUGACGAGAAUCAGAACAAGAACAAGAAGAAAAAGAAGGUGA